GCGCUUUUUCUCCCUUCAGCCCUUCUGUUUCUUUGCUCCGGAAGGAGUUGCCCGCUUGGCCUAGGAAGUUGUCCUGGGCAGAGUCCGGCCCAGAGCGAGGCCUGUGGCUGCCGCUCUCGGGAAACGGCAGCUCGGGGUUGGAGACCAGGCAGCGAAGGACUCCUCCGGGCUGCUCCCUUCGGCCACCCGGAGGUGACUUGGCCUCAUGAAGAAGGUCGUAACUCAUUUCUGUGGAAGGGCGACAUGAUGUUUUGAAGUAUGACAGAAGUACUGAUGCUGUACCAGAGGCUAGAAAUAUUAAUGGCCAAAUCUAGCAAUCACAUGGUCUUCUAAAGAAGUCAUGGGUAGCUGUUGUAGCUGUCCAGAUAAAGAAGCAGUCCCUGAUAACCAUCGAAACAAAUUCAAGGUUAUUAAUGUGGAUGAUGACGGUAAUGAGUUGGGUUCUGGUAUAAUGGAACUUACAGACACAGAACUGAUCUUGUAUACCCGUAAACGGGAUUCUGUCAAAUGGCAUUACCUCUGUCUGCGCCGUUAUGGCUACGAUUCCAAUCUCUUCUCAUUUGAAAGUGGUCGAAGAUGCCAAACUGGACCUGGAAUAUUUGCCUUCAAGUGUGCUCGUGCUGAAGAAUUAUUUAAUAUGUUGCAAGAGAUCAUGCAGAAUAAUAGUAUAAAUGUGGUAGAGGAGCCUGUAGUAGAAAGGAAUCCACAUCAAACAGAGAUGGAAGUUCCAAGAACUCCUCGCACACCUACCACACCUGGGUUGAGUGGGCAGAGUCUACCCAAUGGGUAUCCAAGGUAUCCUUCCUAUGGAGAUGCUUCAUCACAUCCCUCCAGCAGACACCCUUCCGUAGGAAGUGCCCGUCUUCCUUCAGUAGGCGAAGAGUCAACACAUCCCUUGCUUGUAGCAGAGGAGCAAGUCCAUACAUAUGUGAAUACAACAGGUGUACAGGAGGAAAGAAAAAACAGGCCAAGUGUGCGUACACCUCUGGAGCGAAGGGUUUCUAAUGCAGAAACAAGCAAGGCAAGGGAAGAUGAAACUUGUCCAGAUGAUAGAGAUGCCCAGGUUGUACUGGAACCUGAAGGAGUCAAAUUUGUUUUGGGUCCAACACCUGUCCAGAGGCAGUUAAUGGAAAAAGAAAAAACUGAAUCCACUGGGAACAGUACUCAAGGUGGUGGAAACAGUACUGAAACCAGUGGCAACAGUACUCAAGCUAGCGGGAGUAGUAACAAUGAAUGGGACACUGGGUAUGACAGUGACGAACGCAAAGAAGUUUCCUCUGGUAACAAAAUAGCAUAUGAAAAUGUAAAUAGGUUGCCUAUCCCUGGUGCCCCAGGACUCAGGAGAGGUCGUCUGAUAUCAUCCAGUACCUCUGACACCCAGAAUAUCAACAAUUCAGCUCAGAGGAGAACUGCGUUGCUAAAUUACGAAAACCUGCCAUCUUUGCCUCCAGUUUGGGAAGCCCACAAGCUAAGUAAAGAGGAGGAUUACAGUUUAGGACCAAAGACGCCGUCUCUGAAUGGCUAUCACAAUAAUUUAGACCCCAUGCAUAAUUAUGUCAAUACAGAGAAUGUGACGGUGCCAUCAAGUGCUCACAAAGUGGAAUAUGCAAGACGCCGGGACUGUACCCCAACGGUCUUUAACUUUGAUAUUAGGCGACCAAGUUCAGAACACAGGCAGCUCAAUUAUAUACAGGUUGAUUUGGAAGGUGGCAGUGACUCUGACAACCCUCAGACUCCAAAAACUCCUACCACGCCACUUCCACAGACUCCAACCAGGCGCACAGAGCUGUAUGCUGUGAUAGACAUUGAAAGAACAGCUGCUAUGUCAAGCUUGCAGAAAGCACUGCCACGUGAUGACGGUACUUCUAGGAAAACUAGACAUAAUAGUACUGACCUGCCUAUGUGAGCCUGGAAAGCAUUAGUUAAAUCAUUUGCACCUUUUUGAAGUUUUUUUUAAAAAUGAAUGCUCUGUUUUGAUUUUUAAAUGCUACACCACAUGUUAUAGAUUGAUAGAUUUUUUUCUGAAUGCUUCAUGUCAUGUGCUUAUUUAAGGGAAUUGAGAUAGAAAGAGUAUUGAAUAACACUGUUUCAUUUUACAAUGGUAGUUAACAGCUUUCAGACAGUGUUGCCAUCUUCUUAUAGUGCCUAUUGCAUUGGCUGAAAGUUGGAUAACAUGCCAGUUCUGGCAAACUUGGCCAUGUGCCUAAAGUCACUGAAGGCAUUAUGACACUUUUUAAAAUGCCUCCUGAAACUUUGUAUUAACAAGCAGGUCAGUAUUUUCUCUCAUAGCAUAGGCCCAUAGAUUCACAUAUUCCAGUUGAAUUUAUGGCAUCAUGUGGCAUCGACGAGAGAGAUUCUGGUCAGUUUGGGUUGAGCCAUAACAGGGUGCAAAUUCCUUUUAUCUAGCAUGUGUGGGCUUAAUGAUGGUCUGGCACAUAAAUCAGUGCUUAGUUGAUGGGAGAGGAUGACAGGCAGCUGUCAUCCUCUAAAGCCCUUCCAGUAGGAGCAGCUUGUGACUGUCCUGCACUGUGUAAGUCUUUUAAUAAAGCCAAUUAUUAAAUUUGAAAUUUUAA